AUGUUUGAAAUACAAAAUAAUGAAAAUAUCAUUGAUUUAGAUAGUUCUAAUACAAUAAAGAAGCCCAACGUUUCAGAUAACACUGCCAUUAUAGAUUUUGAUAACUUUACUUUACAAUUAUUGCCAAAGGAAAAUAUAAACGAUAUACCAGUCAUGAAUAGUACUAAUAAUCUUGAUACUUUUUUAACAAACUCCUCUCUGGAUUAUAAUUUGACAGGUAAUACAGUAAUCCCUCCUACGAAUAAUAAUAGUAUUAAUAAUAACAGUCAACCUUUUUUACCUAAAAAUGAACCUUCAAAUAUACAAAUCCAACUUCCAUUACAAAGCAAUAAUAUGAAUCCAAUGAAUAAGAAAUUUGUAUUUGAUUAUAUAAAUACAGAUGACUUGUUAUCCAUAGAAGAAGAAAUAUUAAUCAGAUCCUCUAUGGAAUCGAAUGGAAGCACUCUAUAUGAUCCAAGAAAUAGUACAAACAUGAAUCUAUUGGAUGAAGACGAUCCAAGACGAUUAUCUAUAAGUGAUUACCGUCGUAGUAAUAGUAGUAGUACGCGAUUUAGAAGAUCCAAUGACGAAUUUUUCGAAUUCGAAUCCUUCAACAAUGCUACUUCUGAUAAUCCAAAACAUUCUAGUUUUUCUAAUCAUGCUCAUUCUAUGGGUUCCAUGGGUCAUUCGCUUUCCAAUUCUCUUAAUUUGAAUUUAGGUAAUAAAUCAUUGAAAAAAUUUAAGGAAUAUUUCAAAUUGAACAACUUAUUUACUCAAAACGGUCAAAAUGGUCAGAAUUUGGAUUUUGCACAACAAUCAAAUAUAAAUCCAGAUGUCAAUACCACAAAUAACAUUAAUACCAAUAUUAAUGAUAUGAAUAUCAUUACCAAUGAACAAAAUAGGAAAAUAUUUAGGGGUAAACCAUUUUGGAACCGAAAUAAAAAUAACCAUAAUAAUACAAGAAGUUCAAAUAAUACUACUAGUAGCACUAACAAUACUACUUCAUCUAAUGGCACGGCAGAAAUUGAUAUGAUGAAUACUUUUUUAAAUAUCGAUACCAAUAGUGCGAAUGAGAAUAUCAUGGAUGAUGAAACAAAUGAUAUGGUUAUUAAUCCAAAGCAAUUGUUUUUAAAUGAAACCCAAGAACAAGCACCACAACAGCAGCAACAACAACAACAACAAUCGAAAUUGUUCCAUAGUUUCACAUCAAAUAGCAUUAAUAGUAGUAUUGAUAAUAAUGAAACUAGUAGUAAUGAUCAAAUGAAUAUCUAUUUCACAACAUCAAAUGAUAAUUUCGAAACAACAGAAAAUUUCAAUACAAGUGCAAAUUUGUUUGAAAAUUCUUAUACCAAUUCCAAUGUUUCAUACAUGAAUAACAAUGCAAACAACAUCAAUAACAUAAAUCCUUUGAAAAAUAAUAUCAAUGUGAAUAUUAAGAAUGAAUUUUAUUUCCAUGAAAAUCAAGAUUAUUUGAAUAAACCUAUUCCAACUAAUCAAUUAUUUGAAGAAGAUGAAGAAGAAGAUGUGGAAGAUGAGGAUGAGGAUCAAGACAUGGAGCCAGAAACUCAAGAAGUUUCAUUAAAUAGAAUACCCAUAGAACAUAUCGAUAUCACUGCCAAUCCAGAUUCCAAGAUGGUUUUUACUAAUAAUAACCUACUGAUAAAUAAUAUAGACGGAUUGAAUAACGUAGUGACAUUAAUGGAUAAUAAUCUCAACAUAAAUAUGGAUUUAAAUGAUGCAAAACAACCUCCUAUAAUAAAUAUCAACGAUACAUCCACUACUACAAACACCGCUGCUGUUACUGAAGAUUCUAAUCCUAUUGAUGUCGUAACAACCAGCAAGAAUACGAACCUUCCCAUCACAAUCCCAUUGAAGACACGUGGAAGAAAACCUUCACCCUUCAAUGAUCCAAGUAAGAUAUUCAUCUGUCCGUAUUGUAACCGUCGUUUCAAAAGACAAGAACAUUUGAAAAGACACAACAGAUCAUUACAUAUGGGAGAAAAGCCCUUUGACUGUCAUAUUUGUAACAAAAAGUUUAGCAGAUCUGACAACUUGGCUCAACACAUCAAAACCCAUUCUCAUUGA